ACCUCUACACUUAUAUGAAUUCACUGAAAGUGAUCUUAGGAUUGAAGCCACGGGUCAUAUACCCCGGACACGGACCAGCUGUGGACGAACCCAUCGCCAGAAUUGAAGAGUAUAUCUCACACCGGGAGCUAAGGGAACAACAGAUCCUUAAAGUAAUGAGAGAUACGGACAAAGCGUUGACAUCAAUGGAAAUCGUCAAAAUUGUUUAUAAGGAUGUGUCCGAACAGUUACAUAGAGCCGCGGAAUUCAAUGUUUGCCACCAUUUGGACAAAUUGGUCAAAGAAGGCAAGAUUUCCAAAUUAACUGAACCGCAAACUAUUAAAUAUAAAAUUAUUUAA